AUGCAUGCUUUUUGGAGGACUUCUGCUUUGACCUUGCUGAUCUUUACUAAUGUGUUGAUGUCUGAGUCAAGUUGUACUGAUUUGAAUCAACCAACACAGAACAGUUCAUCACCUAUGACACAAGUUACCACUACAGUGUCUGUACAGAUUGGUACAAAGGCUCUGCUCUGCUGCCCUUUUAUUCCACUGACAAAAGCAGUAUUAAUAACAUGGAUGACAACCCCCAGAGGACAGUCUUCCUGCAUGAUUGUUUACAAAGUAGACACAAGGGAGACCAACGAAACCACCUGUAGGAACAGGAGCAUCACCUGGGCCUCCACACCUGACCACAGUCCUGACCUUCAGAUCAGUGCAGUGGCCCUCCAGCAUGAGGGACAUUACUCAUGUGAGACAGUAGCCCCUGAAGGGAAUUUCCUAACAGUCUAUGACCUCCAAGUGCUGGUGGCCCCUGAAGUAACCCUCUUUCCAGGGAGAAAUAGAACUGCAGUUUGUGAGGCAAUUGGAGGCAAGCCUGCUGCACAGAUCUCUUGGACUCCAGAUGGGGAUUGUGUCACUAAGAAUGAAUCACAUAGCAACGGCACCUUGACUGUCAGGAGUACAUGCUACUGGGAGCAAAAGGACAUGUCCACUGUGUCCUGCUUUGUCUCUCAUUCAACUGGAAACCACACUCUGUUUAUAGAACUGUAUCAAGAUACCACCAGCACCGCACCUUCCUUACUGACCAUUCUCUACGUGAAAAUGGUCCUUUUGGGGAUUCUUCUUCUCAUUGUAGGAUUUGCUUUCUUCCAGAAGAGAAAUUAUACCAGAACAUGAAUAUCCAUAUUUCUGGAAGUCCAUUAUUCUGAGGACACAAUACAAGAAAACAGCCAUUUGAAAUGAACUUUGUCUUUGAAAUCCAGAUUACCUGUCCCUGCUGUCUUCAUGUUUGUAAGAAUUCAUUCUACAGUUGGCAAUUGUACAGUAUGACCAUAUAGGCAAAAGCUUAGUGCUUACCAUCAGAUAAGCUGUGAGCGACCCAUCUACUUUUUC